UGUCUAAUGCCACUCGGUAAUAAACCGGAAUGCGUGAAGUGCGGGACUCGGGAGACGCCGUUGUGGCACUCGACUGAUGCUGGUAACCUGUGCAACGCGUGCUUGGAGGACGAACGGAAUGCCGAGGCACACACGUCUUCCAAGACGGACGAUGACGACAAAAGCGGCCUGCUGAAGCCUAGGAGAAGCACCAGGAUUACCAAAUAUUGCAACACAAAGGCAACAGGCUCGUACAGAGUUGUUCCCAAGGGCAAGGGUCGCAGGAACUUGUUUAAAAAAACGCCAAUCAAGGCGCCUACUGCCACCGCAACUCCAGUCACGAGCAACUAUGUGUUCUACAAGGGCACAUAUUUUCAAGUUGGAGAUGUAGUUUCUGUGCUUGACACAGACGGUAGUGUUUUUUAUGCCCAGAUACGUGGCUUAUUGACCGAUCAGUACUGCGAAAAGAGCGCAGCUCUUACCUGGCUAAUGCCCACUUCAGCUAGUCCUCCACCAGACGAAGGUUUCACUCCCGAAACGUACAUGAUCGGGCCGGAGGAGGAUUUGCCACGGAAAUUGGAAUGUAUGGAAUUUGUAAUGCAUGCGCCAUCGGAUUAUUUUAAACUGAAAAAUUCACCGUAUCCACCCACGUUGACGGAAAAAGGAGGAGGUUUUAUAUGGACGACUCCUAAAAAUGAAAUUACCUUGUCUAAAAAGCAUUAAAUUCUCGUGG